UACAUUCAUUUAGCCCUCAACUUGUUAAUAUAAUUCAUUCCUCCCUACCUACAUCGAUCUCCUCUUUCCUUUCUUUCUUUUUUGUCUGCCACAAAAUACAAACUCAAACACCCUCUAAUAUUCUUGAUUGUUCCUUAGCUUCAACUCAUCUAAUCGGUUUCUUGCAUCCAUCGAAAUUCAUGGUUUAGGUUUGUUUCUAGAUCUAUCUGAUAAAGGGACAAAAUUAAAGUUCGAAACCGAGCUGCGAAAAUGUCUGUAGAGAUGAGCACUUCAUCAUCAUCUUCAUCACCACCACCACCAUCCUCAGAACGAAUUUGUUAUCUUCACUGCAACUUCUGCAACACCAUUCUUGCGGUUAGCGUACCGUGCACCUGCACUGUCCCAACGAUCGUCACCGUCAGAUGCGGGCAUUGCUCGAACUUGUUGUCUGUAAACUUGGGAGCAUUGCUGAUGCAGCCUGUCUAUUAUAACCACAUUCAAGAUUUCCAGAAGCUGCAGCAGCAGCAUCAUAAUAGUAGCAAUAAUAAUUCAGCCAUGUCUGAAGCUGUCAACAAUCAUCAAGACAAUGGCUCAUCCUCGUCUUCGCCUUCUUCGAAGGGCAACAUUUUUGGUCCGUUCAGGGCUCACCAUGAACAGCCUAGGAUGGCCCCGAUUCGCCCGCCGGAGAAACGACAACGUGUUCCAUCUGCAUACAAUCGUUUCAUAAAAGAAGAAAUUCAAAGGAUAAAGGCAAGCAAUCCCGAGAUUAGCCACCGCGAAGCUUUCAGCACUGCUGCAAAAAACUGGGCGCAUUUUCCUCAUAUUCAUUAUGGAAGGAAGCUGGAGGCAAAUUCGAACAAACAAGACAACACGAUGAAUGUGGACAACAAUGGAGGAGGAGAUCAAGGGACUCAACACAAACCUCUUGGACUCUACUAAGUCCAACUUAUUUUAUUUUUUAUUUUUUUGUCACUCGAAAAGACAAACAUAUAUAUAUAUAUAUAAUUAGAGGUUUCAAAAAUAUGCGAGUUUCCACCCGAAAGUGCAAACUAACUUGUGGCAUUUCUUGGCGUAUAUUGAUUGGGACAAAAUGCAAGGAAGUAAUGAAUGCCGAUUAAUCUUUGGGGGCA